AUGACGAACAACAACAACAACAACAGACAACAAAGCGGAGGGAGGAAAGCGAAAACGCCGUUGAAAUCCCCUUUAGCCGUGGUGGGAUUGUUAUCUCCGAACGACGACACUUUGGAAAGACAGCAGUCGAUGAAGAAAAGACAAACGGUCUCUGCGUUUCGGAGAGAGUUGAGUAAGAACGUGGAGAAGCAGUUGGAGAAUAUCGACGUCGCGAAUUUAUCCUCCUCCUCCUCAGACGAGGAAGAAGACGACGGCGAAGAAAACGCCGACGGCCACGAAAACGUGGAAAAAGCAGGCGGACGAGAAAAGCAACGACAAAAGAAAAAAGCCGCGGCAACGACGAACAAACCAAAGUUGACGCAAGAUGCGGUCAUGAAUUUGUACGCCAACUGUAUCAAAUUGGCCUCGGAGAACAAAAUCAACGCGAAGAACACGUGGUCGUUGGCGUUGAUCGAUCACAUUUCCGAUAUCGUCAAGAAUGAGAAAGACGAGGAUGAUAACACAAACUUUCAAAAAGCGUCGUGUACUUUAGAGGCUGGGGUAAAGAUUUAUGCCUCGAGAGUUGAUUCGUUUCACUCGGAGACGUUUCGUAUGCUCGGCGGGAUAUCAAACGCCUCCGGGAAUAACGGUGAAGACGAAGAGAACAUGGAUGAUCCGAGACGAGGUUCCGGUGAUGGUGCGGAAGAAUUUGACGAGGAUGGGAAUCCGAUUCCGAAGCAAAAGAAACAAUCCACGCGAUCGUCGAACGUGGUCACGUUGGAAAAUCCGGAAAAUCACACGAUGAAAGUCAUGGACGACGUCGUGCACGUGGAUCCUUUGUUCAAGAAGACCUCGUCUAUGUUUGACGAAGGUGGAGCGAGUGGUUUGUUGUUGAACAACUUGGCCGUGCACAAAGGGUGCAAUAUUUGCUUUGAUUCCGAGGAAGUUCCGGAUUACACGCGAGGCGACGAUUUGGAAGGCGGGGCCGGGACGUUCGAUUUGUCGCAGAUGUCCAGAGAGAUUGCCAAUGCGUUUGCUGUUGGACAAACGCGAACAAGGAUCACGCCGUCGAUUGAUAUCGUGCAUGAAAUGCUUGCCGAAGUGACUGGUGUUCCGUACAACAAGCCUGGAAGUGAGAAUAUGGGUGGCGGGGCGACGACUUCCUCGAAUGCGACUGCCGCGGAAGGUGGUGAUGACUUCUUUGGCGGAGCGUCCGACCAAGGCGCGAUCACGUUCGCGGAAUACGACGAGGACGACGAAGAUAACGUUCCCAGUGGUGGUGAUGGAGACGACGUUUUCAACGUCAACGUCGAAGAGGAAGAUUGGGGACUCGGCGACGGAGCCGGCGGGUUUGGCGACAACGACGACGAGAACGAUUGGGGACGUCUCGGUAACGAUGAAGAAGACGAUUACGAGAACAACCUCACCGCAGAUACCGGGUCUUUGGAUUGGGUCGCGAACGUGGCUAUUGGUGGGAAGCACGCGUGGGCGGGCCCGUCGCAUUGGCAUUUCAAGAAGACGAGCGCGGCGUCAACCUCUCAAGUCACAAAAUACGACGAAAAUGGUGAACCGAUCAAAGCUUCCGCUGCUGGUGAUAAAGAGAAGAAGAAAAGAGGAGAAAGAGACUUGACGUACGAUUUCGAAAACUUACCGGAGUUGGACGAUAAGCGUUUCGAUAUGGCGGAAGACCCGAAUGAUUUACUUUUGAAAUCUGAAUUGACAACGAGCGAUACGUUGUUACCUCCAGAUUUGGGCUACGAGGCUGAAGAUUUGAUCAAGUUGUUCUUGAAACCGCAAUUUGUGAACACGGUGAUGGCACCAAAACGAGCUGCCGUGCGUUCGGAGAUUAACUUCCACGACAACGACAACAAUCUUUUCAUUCCGAACAACGACGACGGGUUCGACGGUGGCGACUUUGGCGGCGGUUUUGACGACGACGACAUUCAAAGAGAUGAGGAUGGAAAUGAACUCGUCGGCGCUGCUGGUGGAUGGAACGACGACGGUGAUAAUGGUUUGGUUGAUGCGCCUCGAAAGGUUGAGAAAAUAGAAGUGAACUACGCGAGAACGACGAAAGUUGUCGACAUCCGCGCGUUGAAGCAAACAAUCUGGAAAGACUUAGAGGAAGAAAACGCAACGAUGGAGCAGAAGCAUUCAUUUCACGAAAUCUUGAGCCAAUUUCCAGAAGAGAACCCGGCCGGACGACUGGAAGAUAUUUCGGUACACAUGGCGUUUAUUUGCGCGUUGCAUUUGGCGAACGAGCACGGGUUGGUCAUCAAGAGCGUACCAGAAAUGAACGAUUUGGUGAUUUCAAACGUACCAACGGAGGCGUAA